UCAUUGUGUCUUUAAAAUCAACCCCCCCUCUCUCUCUCUCUCUCUCAACCGUCUCAGGGAAGUCCUCCUCCACCAAUCCAACACCCCUCUCUCUCUCCAAAAUGAAGAACAACAACAUCAACAGCAACACAAGGCUCAUCCUCCUCCACCCCUACAUCCAAAAACAAGGAAGCUCCAACCGCCUCUGGCUCGUCGCCCUCAUUUCAUUCUUCACAGUCGCUUUCCUCCUCACCCUCAUCUACACCCGCGACUCCAUCGCCACCACUGUCACCGCCGCCGCCACCUCCGUUGUCACCGCCACCACCACCACCACAACCACCACCACCACCAACCACCCUCCUCGCAUCUCGAAAACCGUCGUCAAAGCCCUCCUCCACUACGCCACCACCUCCAUCUCCAACAACACCGAACGUAUGACCUACUCCGACAUCAAACCCAUCUCCGACGUCCUCCACCAAUGCUCCUCCCCCUGCAACUUCCUCGUCUUCGGCCUGACCCACGAAACCCUCCUCUGGAAAGCCCUCAACCACCACGGCCGCACCGUCUUCAUCGACGAAAACCGCUACUACGCCGCCUACAUGGAAGAAAUCCACCCCGAAAUAGAAGCCUACGACGUCCAGUACUCAACCAAAAUAAGCGAAACCAAGGAACUUCUAGCUUCUGCUAGAGAGCAAGUCCGAAACGAGUGUCGGCCUGUUCAGAACCUCUUGUUUUCGGACUGUAAGCUGGGCCUGAAUGAUCUGCCGAACCAAUUGUAUGAGGUGGAGUGGGAUGUGAUAUUGGUAGAUGGGCCGAGAGGAUACUGGCCCGAGGCCCCGGGGCGGAUGGCCGCGAUAUUCACCGCCGGGGUUUUGGCGAGGAGCAAGAAAGGUGGGAAUGGAAAGACUCAUGUUUUUGUGCAUGAUUUUGAUAGGGAGGUGGAUAGAGUUUGUAGUGAUGAGUUUUUGUGUAAAGAGAAUUUGGUCAAGGCAAAGGACAUGCUUGGGCACUUUGUUGUGGACAGAAUGGAUGAGAAUAGCUUUCAGUUCUGUCGCAAUCAUACAUCAUCAUCGUCCUCGUCUUCAUUUUCAUAAUCUCUAAAUCAUACAAAAGAGAGAGAUACACAAUGAAUCCGGGUAUUUAUCAUCAAUUUGAGUUUUUUUAUGGGUUUCAUAGUGUGGGGGAAUGUAAAAAUAAUUUUUGUUUUUCGGCAAUGGCAAAAUUGUAAUUUCGUUGAAUGAAAAACAAUUGUUUGUUGUGUAAAAGGAGUUUUGUUUGAUCGCUCAUGUUUCGAAUGAAGCAUUGCCACAAUUGUGUGCGCUUUGGAGGUUGUCUCA